UAUGCUUUUGGAUUUAAGCAAAAAGAAAACAAACAAAAAAACAAGUAAACGGUCGUCCGUUGGGCAUCAAGUUCAUGCUUUUCUGAGCUUCACUGCAGACGUCGGUCUGAUUAGGAUCUUUCUCACCAAAUUCUGAUCUGCUUUCAGCUGACAGGCUUCCACGAGAAGCUCUCCAUGAUGAGCAGCUAACACCGUCUGUCGCGCACCAGGAAGAAACGUGGCUGCUGCACCACCCACAGUCCACGCAUGGCGGUACUCGGGAACCCCGACAUGCUGACGCGGAAGAUCAACCUGUGUCACAUCAACGCCCACAUCACAUGCCGCCUGUGCGAGGGCUACCUGAUCGACGCCACCACAGUCACCGAGUGCUUGCACACCUUCUGCAGAAGCUGCCUUGUGAAAUAUCUGGAGGAGAACAACACGUGUCCCACGUGUAGGAUUGUUAUUCAUCAGAGCCAUCCACUGCAGUAUAUCGGCCAUGACAGAACAAUGCAGGACAUUGUGUACAAGCUCGUACCGGGACUUCAAGAGGCGGAGAUAAAGAAGCAGAGGGAGUUUUACCAGAAGUUGGGCAUGGAGGUUCCCGGGGACGUUAAAGGAGAGCUGUGCAACAUGAAAAUCCCUCUAGAUCAGCGCAACGGAGAUGCAAAAUCAGAAGACACGACCAACAAGGAAGCAGGAGAGGAGAAACCGGAGGAGGACAACGACUAUCACCGCAGUGACGAGCAGGUCAGCAUCUGCUUGGAGUGCAACAGCAGCAAGCUCCGAGGUCUGAAGCGGAAGUGGAUCCGCUGCUCCGCACAAGCCACCGUCCUCCACCUAAAGAAGUUCAUCGCCAAAAAGCUUAAUUUGACGUCAUUUAACGAGCUGGACAUUUUAUGCAACGAGGAGAUCCUGGGGAAGGACCACACGUUGAAAUUUGUUGUCGUGACGAGAUGGAGAUUUAAGAAAUCUCCGCUCCUGCUUCAUUACAGACCCAAAAUGGACCUGCUGUAGCCCCAACGGACCAGACGGUUGCUCCUCUUCUUUUUGUUCUGGGCCCGGCGGCCGCAGACUGUACUGAAACUGUUUUAAUUUAUGCAAAGACAAUAAACACCAAACCAAUCGGUGAAGAUCCAACGCCA